UUAUCUCCUAUCUGCUGUCGAAGGUGUACUGCUCUUUUAGGUAAUCUUGCACUUACAAUGUUGUAAUAAAUUCCUUCAAUCUCCCUACAAAACUACCGGCAUCCACAAGCAGUUUUCGACUGCCUGUUAUUUACCAAAGCGGAAGAAUCAUAGAUCGUGAUUCUCUGAUAGAAAGAUAUUUUUGUAUGGGAAUCAAUUAUGUGGAAAUCCUUGCCUUUCUCGUUAUGUGCCAUGGAAUCUGCCUUAGUAUGAGUCAGUUAAAGCGGAUUCUACGAGAACGAGGUAUUUCACGGAGAAAACAGCAAAGUUCCGUGAAUCAAAUAAUCGACGCCGUCGAAAAUGAACUACGGGGAAGCGGCCGCUUAUUUGGAUAUCGCCUUAUGCACCAGAAAAUUUGCUGCUCCUACGGUGUCGUUGCUGAUAGGGAAACAGUACGAGUCGCUUUACAAGCGUUGGAUCCCGAAGGAGUGGCAAGACGCUCACACAAGCGUUUGAUACGACGCAAGUACCAUGCUAAUGGCCCAAACUGUAUCUGGCACAUCGAUGGCUAUGAUAAACUUAAGCCCUUUGGGUUUUGUAUCCACGGGGCCAUUGACGGCUACAGUCGUCGGAUCAUGUGGCUGGAAGUAGAUCAUUCCAAUAACAACCCAUGCAUCAUAGCAAAGUACUUCUUACAGACCGUUCGUUACAUAAGAGGAACUCCGCGAAUCGUGAGGGGGGAUUGCGGUACGGAGAACUGUCAGGUUGCAGCUAUUCAGCGUUUUUUUAGAGAGGGAUACGAUGACGUGUUUGCAGGGGACAAAAGUUUCAUGUAUGGGCGUUCGGUUGCUAAUCAACAAAUCGAAGCCUGGUGGAGCAUUUUGAGAAAGAUGAAUACAGACUUCUGGAUUAAUUACUUUAAGGAUUUGAGAGAGACAGGAUUAUAUAAUGAUGAUAACAUCGUGCAUGUACAAUGUGUCAAGUUCUGCUUCAUGCCGUUGAUAAGGGAGGAACUACAUCAUGUUGCAGAGUUGUGGAAUUUUCAUAAGAUACGUCCUCAGCCUUCAAACCGCGAUUCCCCUAGUGGUAGACCAGAUAUCUUAUAUUUUUUGCCAGCAUUAAAUGGCAAAGUCAGCUACAUUCAUGAUGUCACGUUAGAUGACGUAGAACUUGCAGAAGAAAUGUACUGUGCUCAAAAUGCAAUGGACAGUUCGUUUGAAGUCUUUGAAGAACUGGCUGAGAUGAUAAUAGCCGAUGAAAAUCUUCAGGCUCCAAGCAACCCCGAUGAAGCUUUGGAAUUGUGCCUAAACCUUCUCGAUCACUUCGAGGAUAUUAUAUAAAUCCUU